GGUAACUCGGGCUAGUUAUUCAUCUCAUUCAAAAUGAAUGUUGUUCCAUUCGGUCUCCAGCCUCCUUUCCUUCCUUUCCUAUAUCAAGCUGCUAUGCUAUCUGUAACAUCAAAGAGUACUCAGCUUUUGCAAUGACGUUUACUAACGUUCUCACCGCUGAUCUUCAUGAGGGAACCGUCGAUGGAAUUGCCAUUAAAUGGAAUCACAGCGCUAAAGCUAGGCUGACUACUAAUGCCAUCGAUUACGAAGUGGACGCUACCGCUAUGAAGGCAGCUACUGAGCACUUUACGCACAAGUGCUCUAAGCACCUGGGGAAGACCACUGCCAUAAUAAUUGGAUCUUUCCAUAAAUUCACCACGGUCACCAGAUCCGGCAAGAAGAAAGCGGUCCACUCCCAUGAAACCCUUCCCCUAAAUCCAGGCGGCGUCAAGGUCCAUGUGAACGUUACCUUGCCCGAUGGAGGGCUCGUACAAAAUGCCCAGUGGAGAGGCGAGUAUGCUGAAUUGUCCGACAGGGAUACACCGUCCCCGGUCUUGAACUAG